UAAAAUAGAUAGUUCUGGAGCUCCUCCCCCUUAAAUUUUACAUGUAAAAGCAUAGGCUUCUCUGUAUAGGCAAUUCGUAGUACAGGCUCCUCCCAAACUUGUAUUAAUUACUCAAUAUAGGCAACCCGCAACACGCAUAAACCCAACACCAUCACCAGAUCCUACACGUAACCGGCAUAUAUUUUAUACCUUCUCCUUCAAACCCCCACCUUUUGAAGAAAAAUAAUAUAUAUAAUAUUCUGAUGUACAUUAUGUGUAUCGACUAAAUCGUACCCUUGGCCGACAUAUAUCCCCCCCCCCCAAUCAAAUAUAUUACCACCCCUUUAUUUAAAUACAUACACACACACAACAUAUUUACCAUCACAUACAUACAUACGUCAUACAUAUAUACAUACGUACAAACAUACUCAUAAUAUAAUAUAAGGUACCUACAACAUAACACAUAUACCUAUCUAAAAAUAUUAUAUUAUCUUCUAUUUUCAGAUUAUAAUGACAUUCAAAAUAUAUAUGUAUAGCUAAAUCGUUUCAAUCAAAACUGUUAUACUUAAGGAAAUUGUAUUUUCUCAUGUUAUAUGGAUAAAAUCUAAUUUAAUAGUCAUCGAUAAUGUUCACAUUAAGGUAUAUAAUGUAUUGAUAGUAGACACAUUAGGGUUAGAUACAAUGUACAUCAGCCAUAUAAUUAAAUGUCUUUAAGUGGACAUAUUAUAUAGUAAUUAGUCAUUAUCAAUUUAUAAUAAUAUAAAGAAUGUAUUGAUACUUAAUAGCAGACGCAUUAGUGCAUCCGGUAUCACAACGAUUACAAACAUGUACAAGCCUGUAGUGACACGUCCGAGUAUUGUCGAUGAAUUUCAGCCAAAAAGUAUAGUGCACAGAGCAAUAUGAAAUCAGUCCCUUUCAAGUGACAAGUCGUGUUAUUUCGGAGUUCUUAAGUGUUUUUAAAGUGUAUACAAGUAUUUUAAAAAUCAAAUUAUUUAUUUUUAAUGAACACUGUAGUUCAUUUUUACUACCACUAUAUUGUGCGCAUGCGCUAGUAAAUUGCUUAUAUACAACUAAUUUCACACUGUUAUUUAAAGUACAAUUUCUAUAACUCAUUACCCAUCUAUUUCGUUGAAGGGUACAGUCUUGUUUUGCGAGUUCGACUAGUGUUCUUCAGUUUUAAACAUAAUCAUGUUUUCGUGUAGUGUAUGCGAUAAAACCUUUACAUUGAUUAAAAAUCUACACAGACACGCCAAGUCACACGAAUCACUCACUAAAAUCGUAUGCAGUAUUUGCUCAGAAAUAUUCACACGGAGAGAUAACCUCAUCAGACAUAGCAAGGAUAAACAUCGUUCAAAUAUUAUAGUUCAACAACAACCAACCGUAACCAAGCAAGAAAUUCAAGAUUUUUUUACACCAGCUGAACACAUUUACGAUUAUAAUGUUCCUUCGGCUUCAAAUCGUAAUAAUCUUAAGCGUGUACAUGCGGAAAAUUCGAACGAAGCAGUAAAUGCUAAAAAAACACGCAUGACCUUCGUUAAAACCCCCGGUUUUGUUAAGACUGGUUCAUCGCUCUCUAAUAAAAUCAUUUGGUAUUAUAAGAAAAAUACAGAUAAUUUGAACAACUUCAGCGCAUUUUUAGUAUCAUCAAAAAAUGACUUAAUUCAAUUACUUAAAUCAUCAUCAUCGACAAAACACCCAAUUAAAUUCAACCUGAAACUGGAAGCAACGUACAGCCGGCCAAACGUAGAGAAUUCAGCUGAGAACCGCGCGUUUAAAACUUCAGCUAAAGAAAUUUUUAUGGAUACGGAUAUUAACUCAAUAGUAGAACGAACGUUCGUAAAAUUAUUGGUUGAAGAGGAUGUUUAUACAUCUAAAGGAAGUGGCUUUACAUUGGAAGCCAUAGACGGCUUGUUAUUAGGAGUAUACAAUUACACACCUAUGGGUGGCUCAUCAUAUAUUCCGUUACCAAAUUACAUUAAGAAUAAAAAGGCAGUCAUCAACCCCCAAAACUCAGACCAACAGUGCUUCAAGUGGGCAAUCUUAUCAAGAUACGUUUCGGGUAAUGCCAAAAAUCAAGUGGCUGAAAAUUAUACAUCGCUCGAGGACAAAUAUAAUUUUUCUGUUUAA